CGCUCCGAUGAAGCGAUCCGGUCGAAAACGUUAAAAGUCUCCUCUAAAAUUACAUCCACGUCCAGAAAUGGGGUCGGUGACGCUAUCUGUCGAGCGCGGACGGUAGUUCCCGUCGUGGCGACACACAGAGAAACGUAGAGGAGACACGCGUAACGCGACACAACAAUGGCGACUUGAGCGAAGUUGAUCGUGGCGUGCGCUAUCCUGGUACCGUGUGUUCGUGCCGCGUUAUCGAGAUUACGAGUGCGUCUAUCCGCGGCCUUGCAUGCGCUCUUGUGAAUGCGUGGCCCGUACGCGCCAUCGAGAGAUGCGUUGCUGGCGUGGCGCGAGUCGCAGCCGCGUACAGACAGUUCGCACGUUUCCCCGUUGAGGCCAGCAGCAUCAGCAGGUCGUGCAGUAGUGACUGACACAGUGCGAUACAUGGUGCCCGCGUACCUUGCUGAGAAAACGAGAGAUUCAUCAUGCACGUGUUUGCGCGAUUGCGUACGGACCAUGUGUAACGUGCUGUGGAUUUAGUUGCCACAAAAAUCCAGUAAUACUGGCAUGAUAAAAUAAGGAAGCAAAGGAAGGAGAUGAGCCACAAUAUUGCGGGCAUGCCACCAUAUAAUCGGAUGCCCGGACUGGGGGGUAUGGGAAUGGGUGUGAAUAUGGGCCCCAAUGCCCCACAUCCUGAUUCUUCUGGUCACCCCCAUCCGCCACCGCCACCACCAGCUGGUCCUAAUCCCAAGAAGAAGAGACGUACAAAUGCAAGUGUUGCUCAACCACCUCCGCAACAGCCUCCAUCUGUACAGGAUCUUCUACCCCCACCUUUAACGGGUUAUGGUGACACAAUAGUUGCAAGUAAUCCUUUUGAUGACACGCCACCACCGACCCCGCAAAGUCCAAUGAUGCAUGGUGGGCCUCCGCAUAUGCAUCCACAUCAUCCACAUCAUAUGGGAGGACCUCCUAUGAGAGGUAUGAGUCCAUUAACUUCGAUAGGAGGCAUGAGCCCCAUGAUACCGCACAACAUGGGCAACAUGAGCCCCAUGGGCAAUUCGCCCAUGACAAAUCACAUGAAUCACAUGGGGGCCAUGUCUCCUAUGAAUCACGCUCCCAUCGGCGGUAUGAGUCCUAUGAAUAACAUGGGUCCAAAUAUGCCGCCUGGUCCGAUGAAUACCAUGAACAAUCACAUGAAUAUGAGCCAUAUGGGAAACUCGCAACUGAGCGGUCCGCCUAUGGGCAGUCCAAUGAACAAUAUGAACAGCGGGCCUAUGGGCAGUCCGAUGAACAGUAUGGGCCACAACAUGGGCAGCCCUAUGGGUGGACCUCUUGGUUCUCCGAUGAACACCAUGGGAGGAUCCAAUCAUAUGCCUAAUGGACCAAUGAACAUGAAUAAUAUGAACAGCCAUAUACCGCCCAAUAGCCCAUUAAACGGACCGUCGAUGAACAACGUGAACAGUCCGCUGGGACACAACGGAUCUCAACCGCAUCCGAAUCACAUGGGAAAUAAUCUCAACAACCUGGGAAGACCUAUGAAUGGACCUAUGACCACUAUGACUUCGAUGGCGUCGAACAACAUGAACAUGACCGGACCGAAUCAAAUAAACAACAUGAACAUGGGCGGUCCGGCAAUGAAUAAUAUGUCGAAUAUGAAUAUCAGCCAUCACAAUCAGAUGGGAGGUCACAUGGCGGGGCCAAUGGGCACGAUGUCUAACAAUAUAAGUGGUGGGCCACCUAUGGGACAUCCUAUUAAUCCCAUGGGUGGCUCUAUGCCACCACAUGGGUUUCAAGGACCGCCAGGAAUGGGUCCAAAACCAAUGCCGAUUUCCGCUGGCAAAAUUUAUCCGCCAGACCAGUCCAUGGUAUUUAAUCCACAAAAUCCCAAUGCACCUCCAAUUUAUCCUUGCGGAAUUUGUCAUAAAGAAGUACACGACAAUGAUCAGGCGAUUCUGUGCGAAUCGGGUUGUAACUUUUGGUUCCACAGGGUUUGCACAGGAUUGUCGGAACCCGCCUAUCAGCUAUUAACUGCGGAGGUCUACGCAGAAUGGGUGUGUGAUAAAUGUUUAACCUCGAAGAACAUACCUCUAGUUAAGUUUAAACCAUAACACUUCGUGUCCCGUCGUUCAUGCGACGUUCGAGUGACUCUUUGUUAGCGUUUAUAUAUGUACACGCACACAUACGCGCGCGACUGUGCACACAUCCAUACAUACACAGACACGGACAGAUUCAUUCAUGGCACAUGAUAAAUACUAAUGCACGUGCGGAAUCGUGCAUACAAUUAUAAAAGUAUGGUAUUUGUUAUUAACUUAGCUUUAACUUGUUGAUUAUUAGGAUAACAUUAUAAGUCGUAUGUGAAUAUAAAUAUGAAAUCCGGAGUAACAUAUAUAUAUGCAAGAUGUUUGAAAAAUUUUGACUAAGCCGAAAAUAUCGAGUCAAUCUGAACAGAAAAGUCAUUUUGUUAUUUUGCAAAAUUUGCAAUAUUUAUUAAGCAAUAAAUGUGAAGAUCCAAUAAGCGCGUGAGAAGUGAUGAUUCGGACUCUAUAAACGUGUACGAUUUUUAGUUGUAAAACAAAAUAACUUCAUGCAAUCUCCUAACAGCAAGACAUAAAGCAAACAACCGAGCAAUCGUGUGAUAGCUUCAACUUCGAUCAGCUGAUUUUUACAACUGAAAAUCAUACAGGCUUAGAGUUCGGACCAUGUUUCUUACACGCUCAUUGGGUCACGUGUAUUAAUAACUAUUGCAAACUUUGCAAAAGAAUAUGUGACUUUUCGAUUUAGAUCAAUUUACCUUUAUACUUGGUCAAAAUAUUUCAGACAAUCUGUAUAUAUAUAUAUAUGUGUGUGUGUGUGUGUG